CAGAGAAUAUUUAUAUUAGGCCUCGGCAAUUGAUAUAAAAGGCAACCUGUAUCAACGCAUUCUUUGAGUCAAUAAUAUCAGAGCUUCUUAGAGGGGAAAUAGAUAGGUUGUAAAACAAUGUCUUGGUUUCUUACUGUUAUCUUUCUGGUUACUACUCUUACAUUUCAUACUCCUUCAGAGGCUAGCUAUGAGGAGAUCCAGCCUUCUGCAGUUGUUGUAGGCACUGUAUACUGUGACACAUGUUUCCAAGAGGAUUUCUCAAAUACUAGCCAUUUCAUUUCAGAGGCUUCUGUUGGUGUGGAAUGCAAAGAUGGGACUUCAACAAAACCAAGUUUCAACGUAAAAGUGAAAACAAACAGCCAUGGGCAAUUCAAAGUCAAUCUGCCCUUCUCAGUGAGCAAAGAUGUCAAGAAAAUUGAAGGAUGCUCCGUGAAACUAAUCCGCAGCAGUGAACCCUACUGUGCUGUGGCCUCAUCAGCCACCUCAUCUUCCCUACACCUCAAGGCAAGAAAGCAAGGGACUCACAUAUUCUCUGCUGGUUUCUUCACCUUCAAGCCUCUCAAGCAACCCAGCUUAUGCAACCAGAAACCCAGCAUUCAGAAUUCCAAGAAAUUAAACUCCCAGAAGUUCUCAGAGAUGGCAUUCCCAUCCUCCUCUCAGGUGGACCCCAAAAUGCCUGAUCCCUCUCUCAACCAAUCUGAUCUCCUAGGUCUCCCAGGACUCCCAGGUCUCCCAGGCCUCCCAGGCCUCCCUGGACUCCCAGGACUCCCAGGACUCCCAGGACUCCCAGGCCUCCCAGGUCUCCCAGGCCUCCCAGGACUUCCUGGAAUUCCAGGUUCUCCCCUUGCUGCUGGAAAAACUUCAUCUGGGUCGUCCAACUCCAAAACUUCAAAGAAUGGGCAACUAGGUGAUAAUAAAGAAGUAGUCCAUCCAGAUACUUUCUUUCCACCAAUUAUCCCUAAUCCAUUUCAGCCCCCACCGGCUCCAUUAAUUCCUAAUUUGCCUCCUCUUCCAGGUUCUCCACCAGCAGGUCCCGCACCAUUGAUUCCCAACCUGCCACCUAUACCUGGUUUCACUCCAUCGCCGUCACCGCCACCACCAACCCUCCCAUUCCUCCCUCCAUUCCCAUUCCCACUCCCACCUACGCCUCGGAUCCCUGGAAUCCCCCCAGCUUCUUCUUCAAAACAAAGCACUUCACCUUGAUCUAAUCUAAUUAAUAGAUUUAACUACGAAUCAUGUAUAAUUAAUUUUCAAAUAAGGUGUUACGUGUUGGUUUAAGUUUUUAAUUAUGUAAAAAUUCUUGUAUGGUUGGUUCUUGGUUGUGCAAUUAUCAGAAGAAUAUAUAUGUUUUACACAGUAGGGUUUGUGUUUUUUU